AUGGUGUCCAGGGCACCGUCCCCCGAGAUCCUCCCGGAGGAAGCGGGAGGAGUGCUGCGGAAGCGCUUCACCCUGGGGCAGGGCCUGCGGAGGCAGCGGCUGGUUGUGGCCGAAGCUUUCGUCAGGGGAAGAGGGAAGGAGGAUCGGGAAACCCAAAUGACCACCGUGUGCUGGGCCAAGAGGGCUAAAGGGAACCAAAGGGCCUCCCCCAAAGCCAGAGAGAGCCCGAGCGCACCCCGCCCCACACUGCACGGGCACACCUACACACCCCGCACCACGCGCACGGGGCACGACCCGACGGCGCACACCUCGCUGACCCUGACACCGCCACCCCCGGCGGCCCGGACCCUGCACACACAUCUGCCGUGGACCCCCGCCCCGCGCCCCCUUACUCAACCCCACCACCUUGCGGAGCCACAGCCACCCACUGGGCACGCACAGCAGGCACUUCGGCAUCCACUCACACCUAAACUCCGGGGGGACGCGCGUCCCAUCCGCGACGGCGGCCGCGGCUCCCCGCCCCACUCGCCGCAACCUCCCACGAGGCGUCCCGCCCCCAGCCCGGCCUUCGGGUCCCAGGCGGCCGCACCCGCCGGCCCCCCCCCUCCCCGGCCCCGGCGCUGCCCCCGGGGGCCGCCGCGGCCGCGCAGACCGGUCCCCGCCCCGCCUCGCCGGCCGCGCGGCGGGGACGCCCGCCCGCCGCCUCUCCGCGCGUCCCCUCCCUCCGCCCGGCCUCGCCGGUGGAAAGGCGAGCGGCAUGGAGCGCGUAAUAAGAGAGUUGGAGUCGGAAAGAGCCGCCCCAGUCGCCGGGGAAGCGGGCGGUCAGCGCGGGCUCCGGCGGCCCCCCGGCUCCGAGCGCCCGCCCCCGGCCCCGCAGCGGCCCCGGCCCGGCCCCUAGCCCCCGCCGACCGCGCCCUCCCCGGGCCGCCCCGCCGGCCCCGGGUCCGAGCCAUGCGCCGCUGA